GUGAUUCACACGCGCGAAGGCCACCAGCCAGACCUGGCCGAUUUGCCAGCGGCGAAGCGACUCCGGCAGAUCAGCGCCCCGGAUGGUCAUCACACGAUGGGCAUUGGCGAUCGCGGUCCGAUGGGCCGGUUGCUGAUCCGCGGCGAAUACGGCCACGAUAUCAUUGACGAGUUGACGCCGCGGCCCGGCGAGCUGGUCAUCGACAAGCCCGGCAAGGGCAGCUUCUGGGGCACGGGGUUCCAUCGAGCCCUACUCGCGAGAGGCAUUACCCAUCUCCUGGUGACGGGGGUGACGACGGAAUGCUGCGUCACAACCACCCUGCGCGAGUGUAACGAUCGAGGCUACGAAUGCUGUCUUCUCACCGACUGCACCGCCGGCUUCGAUGCGCAGAUGGUCCAAACCGCGAUGGACACCAUCUGCGGGCAAGACGGCCUCUUUGGCUAUGUUGGCCAGAGUUCAGACUUGCUGUCGUUCAGCGAUCAAGCCAAUACUCCUCCGGCGACCCCUCCUACCACGGCAGAAUCGUAUUUGCCCUCGAUCCAAGAGUUACGCCAACGCUAUCAAUCCGGUCUGGAGGAUCCCGUACGAAUCGUCAACCUCGUCUUCGACCGGAUAGAAGAAUACCAGAAGACCGAUCCAGCAGUCUGGGUAUCGACCAGGCCUCGAGAAGACUGUGUUGCAGCAGCCCAAGCCCUGUCGGCCAAGUACGCUGGGCAGGCAUUGCCGCCGCUCUUUGGGAUCCCGUUCGGUGUAAAAGACAACAUCGACGUGCAAGGGAUCCGGACGACGGCAGCCUGUGAGAAAUACGCCUAUGUGGCCCAGUCGCACGCGUUUGCGGUGCAGCUGCUUCUCGAAGCCGGGGCGCUGUAUAUCGGAAAACUCAACAUGGACCAGCUCGCAACGGGCCUCUCGGGCUGUCGCUCCCCGUACGGCGCACCACGGUGUGUGUACAGCAAAGACCACAUCGCCGGCGGGUCGUCGUCUGGAUCGGCUGUCGCUGUCGCUGCAGGCUUGGUGUCGUUCGCCUUGGGUACUGACACCGCCGGCAGCGGCCGGAUUCCCGCUGCGUUCAACGGCGUCGUGGGCCUGAAACCGACCAAAGGAACGAUAUCAGCUCGCGGCGUGGUGCCCGCCUGCAAAAGCCUAGACACGAUCUCCAUCACGGCGCCCACGCUCUCCGACGCUCGAACGGUGUGGCUCAUUCUGGACCAGCACGACCCCCACGAUCCGUAUGCCAAGGUCCCUUCCUCCCUGCCGACAUGGCACAUCGACUUCCGCGGUCCACGGACGGGAGGCUUCAAGUUCGCCAUCCCGCCGCCGUCCGUGUUGGAGACCUGCUCGAAGCCGUAUCAAGAGCAGUUUGCGCGGUCCGUCCAACUGCUCCGCUCGUGCGGCGGGAGCCUGGUCAAAAUCGACUAUACGCCGGUGCAGGCUGCGGGCGAGCUGCUGUACAACGCGUCUCUGCUGUACGAGCGCAUCGCGUCGAUCGGCAGCGAGUUCCUGUUAGCAAACUUGGACGCCCUCCAUCCGACCACGCGGGCGCUGUUUCAAGCCGCUUUGUACAGGAAGAUCGAGCCCUGGACCGUCUUUCGUGACCAGGACCUCCAGAGACGGUACACGAGGCAAGUACAGCGGAUCUUCGACCCGCUGGCCGGGGGCAGCAUCGACGUCUUGCUGGUGCCGACGGCGCCGUGUCAUCCCACGAUGCAGGAGAUGGAGAGGGAUCCGUUGGGCCUGAAUUCCACGCUCGGGACGUUUACUCAUGCCGCCAAUGUCCUGGACCUGUGCGGCGUGAGUGUCAAUGCGGGGUGGAUUGAGGAGACUGGCUUACCGUUCGGAGUGACCUUUUUGGGCGGGAUGGGAUAUGAUGGCAAGAUCUUGGAUAUCGCUGCGGUGUUUGUGGAGAAAAUAAAAGGAAGGAAGACAGACAAGUAA